GCAAAUUGUUACGUGUUCUGACUAGCUUACGGCUGAGUUCGCACGUGGCCAUUCGGAAAUGGACUUCAAAAAUAAAGUCGUCAUUGUCACUGGUGCAAGUUCGGGCAUCGGUGAAGUUACAGCUUACCAUCUAGCCCGUCUGUCAGCUAAACUGGUACUUACCGGCAGAAACGAAGCUAAACUCAAAGAAGUCGCCCAAAAAGUGGAGAAAACUAAAGGUGUCAAACCUGUGGUCGUUAAGGCUGAUUUGACUGUAGAUGAAGAUGUGAAGAGAAUCGUGACUGAGACUAUCAAAUGCUUUGGACAGAUCGAUAUUUUGAUCAACAACGCCGGGGCGGGUGUUGUGGCGGGGCUAAGAGAUGGUGUCAAACACUUGGACGAUAUGAUCAAUUUGAAUCUUCGAAGUGUAUACCUGCUCACUCAAUUGGCCGCUGAUUAUAUUAUCAAGACUAAAGGAAAUGUUGUGAUCGUUUCAAGCGUCGCGGCAUUCAUGCCAAUUGCGGAAUUCAUGCCAUACUGUGUCGCUAAAGCGGGUUUGGAUAUGUUCACGAAAUGCGCCGCUAAGGAUUUGGCAAAACACGGUGUUAGGGUCAACUCUGUGAACCCAGGCCCUGUGGAGUCAGAGUUCCAUGAACGCUUAGGGUUGGGGAACAAGAAGACCGAUGAAAUUAUGCAAAACAGAAAAGAUGACUCUCCGUUGCACAAGAUCGCAACUGGCGAGGAAGUAGCAGAGUUAAUAAUUUUCUUAGCAAGUGAUUGCGCCAAGAGUAUCACAGGGAGUAUCUAUGUUAUUGAUAACGGAUACUCUAUAAAAAAAUAAUCGAAUUAUAAAUAAUUUAAAAUUAUUAUUCCUACGAAUUUACUCUUAACAUCAUUAGUAUUCAACCCGACAGACUGUUUCUGGAUUAAUUUCUUAAUUUUUAUUACUUAUUAUUUUUUUGAGAUUCAAUUGAAUGAAUUUAUUAAUAACAAAGAAAUUUUUAUAAUAAAAUAUUUUUACGAG